AUUAGAGCUCUUGCAAGGAAGAUGGCUGACGAAGCUAAUUUAGAGAAGGUAGCUUUGGAAAAUCGUGUUGAAAAUAUGGAGAAUACUUUGAAGGAAUUGAUGGCUUCCUUCCAAACUCUUCAAGCAACCUUAGUCACAAGAGCACCUUUGACAACAAAUCCUUUAUUUGAAGGAAAUGUUCCGGUGGCAAAUCUCUCUGUGGCCACAUUUGCUUUAACUCUUGGUGUAAUAUCCCCAAAUUUUCUAAGAUAUUUAAGGUCACGUGUUCUGCUUAUCUUCUUCCUCCCGACCCCCCUGCACCCCGACAAGCCCCACCCAAGCUGCCGACCGCCCUCUCUUGAGGAAAAUUGGCAAAAGCUUAAAUAUUUCACUUGUUUUCUUGUCCAAGAACAAGAAUUAGGACCUAGAAGCCUCCUGAAGCAAGAAAAUUUCAGAUCUUGUAACCUUCCUCCUCCCCUGCUGUCGGUUUCAGCUUGGUGUGGGAGUGAAUUUCUCACCCUUGAACCCGCCAGGCUCGAUUUGGCUUGCCAUAAUUCUCUGGUAGUGAUACCUGACACAUGGGGAGCCGGGGGAGUGACGAGCUUGACGGCUAGGCAUUAUUUUGGACUUAGAUCUUUUGGAGUUAGGCAGCUAGUCUCACAUGAACUUAGUAGGUUUCGAGCCUUGUGCAUUUGUGGGACCUGUUCACGAGUGCACGGUGUCUGUUUUGCCCUCGGAUUUGGGUUCUGGGGCGUGACACUUGGGAAGGAGCCUAUGUCAUCUGGCCCUCCUGAUCCAAUUAUUGGUGGAACUUCUGGGACAAAACCAUUUGUUCUAAAUGCUGGUGUUGCUACAGUUCAGUCUAAUGGUCAAGAAGAGAUUCAAGACAGUCUGACAGGUCCUGCAGAUACUUGGUUCUCUACUAUAGACAAAAGUAAGGUCAAAAGUUGGCAUGAUUUGACUUACAAUUUUAUGAAGCAGUAUGAAUACAAUACAUUACUAGCUCUUAGUAGAGAAGAUCUUCAAAGAAUAGAGAAGGAAUCGAGUGAAAGCUUUAAGGAAUUUGCUCAAAGAUGGUGUGGAUUGGCUGCUCGAGUUCAACUGCCACUAACUGAUCAUGAACUGAAGCAAAUGGAAGAUGGAAUCAAGUCAGGGAUUAUUAUUGAUUAUCAAGCAAUGAAGAGUCUCCUCAAACAAUACCAAAAUGGUAGUUCAGGGGUUUCUAGUUCAAGGAAAGUUGGCCAGAAUCAAAAGAAGGAAAAUGACACUAGCACCGUUAGCUCAGUUUAUGAGAUGUAUGGGAGAAAUAAUCAGCCAUGCCCUCGAGGGCAAUUCAAUAAUUCUUUCCAAGCUCCAAUUUAUCAACCACCAAUUUUUACAAGUCAACCAAGGCCACUCUAUGCCUCUGGGAUCAAUUGUCCACAACAAGAAAGAGUGAGACGACAUUUCAAUAAACUUCCUUUAUCAUACACUGAAGUGUUUCGACAAUUGGUAGCAGCUGGUCUUGUUACUCCUGUACCCAUGAUGCCAGUUAAAUCACCAUUCCCAACAUGGUACAACCCACAGGCAAGAUGUGAAUACCAUAGUGGAGGUGUUGGGCAUGAUCUUGAAAAUUGUCUAGCUUUAAGGCACCGUGUGCAGGAUUUGAUCGAUGCAAAGGAGUUGAAAAUUGCAUCAGAACCUGAAGUUGUUGGUCCAAACAUUGCUAAAAAUCCCUUGCCUACACAUGAUGGUCCAACAAUAAACAUGAUAAUAAAAGAUUUGAAUGUUGAGAAAGACUCUCAUAGAGGUCAUAAGGAAUUCCCUGUUGAAGAUAUCGCUCUUAUGACUAGAAGUGGGCAUAGUUAUGGAGAAAGUCAAUGCAAAGGGAAUGAAUCGCAAAAAGGAAUCAUUAUUGAGGAAAUACAUGAGGAGCAAGUCAAGAAGUAUGUUUCAGAGCAAGGGAUAAAUGAUUUGCUUAGCAUUUUGAAGAGAAAGACUCACCAAAAUGCUUUGUUAAAGAUCUUGAAUGAGGCUCAUGUGGCAAAGGAUAUUGAUAUGGAAAAAUUCAACAAUGUGAUAGGGACUAUGUUGGCACCAAAUUUUAUUAACUUUACUGAUGAUGAAAUGCUUGAAGAUGGAAGAGGGCAUGUGAAGGCUCUUCAUAUUUCAGUUUUUUGCAAAGAUAUGCAUGUGCCACGAGUGCUUAUUGAUAAUGUAGUUUAUGCUUUUGAUGGCACAAGGAAAGAGGUAGAUGGGGAGAUUGAAUUACCAGUCAACAUUGGCCCAUAUACAUUUGACCUAACUUUUCAAGUUAUGAAUAUUGAGCUUGCAUUUAAUAUGUUGCUUGGAAGGCCUUGGAUUCAUAUGGCUGGUGCAGUACCUUCUACUUUGCAUCAGAAGCUGAAAUAUAUUGUAGGCAACUCUUUGGUUAUGGUGAAUGGUGAAAAGGAUUAUGCUAUCCAUAAGGCGACAUCUGUGCCAUAUGUAGAAGUAGACUCUCAGAACCAAGAAGCAACUUACCACUCUAUGGAGUUUGUCUCAACCAUAUAUGUUGCAGAAGGCACAGUGUUGAGAACACCAGAUCUUUCUAGAGUGAGUAAGGGAGUGGCUAAGGUGAUGUUGGAAAAUCAUUUUGAAGUUGGAAAGGGCUUAGGAAUUGGACUGCAAGGAAUUGAAGAACCAAUUGAGGUGAUUGAUACAUCAAUGGGGUUUGGCUUGGGAUAUAAGCCCACUCGAAAGGAUUGGUUGUGGAUGAGGACUAGGAAAGCUAAAAGGCGUCGAGCUAAGUUAGAAGGAAGAGAACCAAAUGAGGAACAAUUGCAUAUUCCUCAUAUUCGAGUGAAAUUUCCAAAACUUGUUGAAGUUGUGUGUGGAUAUGAUACAAAGCCAAUGGAUGAAACUCUCAAAAAGGAGAAUUUGAGAAUUGAUUGGGUUCCAAUUGCUUAUAAGGACGAGGUGAUCGUAGAGGAUGCAUUAGAUGAUGAAGAUAUGGGAACUUUUGAUUUGUUCAAAUCUUUUGCUUCAACAAAUGAUGAUGGUUUGAACACUUCUUUGGAGAAGUUAAGCAUAUGCGUCAUUGAUAAAGAGAGGGAUGAUGACAAGGUCAUUCUGCCUACUCAGGAAGAAGAACUGAAAUUGCAGCCUAAUCUAUCUGAAGUAGAAACAGUUAAUUUGGGAACAAAUGAGGAUAAAAAGGAGAUUAAGAUCAAUGGGCAGUUGCAUCUAGAUAAAAGAAAAGCUCUUGUUGACUUGUUAAAAGAGUUUCAAGAUGUGUUUGCUUGGUCUUAUGAAGAUAUGCCUGGAUUAGGUUCGAAGAUAGUAGUUCAUGCAAUUCCACUAAGGCCAAAAUGUCCACUAGUGAAGCAAAAGUUGAGAAGAAUGAAGCCAAAAAUGUUGUUGAAAAUUAAAGAGGAAGUAAAGAAGUUGUUAGAUGCAGGGUUCAUUAAAGUAGCCAUGUACCCCCAAUGGGUUGCAAACAUUGUUUCUGUGCCGAAAAAGGACGGGAAAGUCAGAAUGUGUGUGAAUUAUAGAGAUUUGAACAAAGCAAGCCCAAAAGAUGACUUUCCUUUGCCACAUAUCCAGUUGUUGGUUGACAAUGCUGCCAAAAGUGUUAAAUUUUCAUUUGUUGAUGGUUAUUUUGGUUAUAAUCAGAUCAAGAUAAAGGAGGUAGACAAGAUCAAAACCAUGUUUAUCACUUUGUGGGGCACCUUUUGCUACAAGUGCCAAGAAGCUUUUGACAAAAUUAAGCAGUAUUUGAAGAGUCCACCAAUUCUUGUGCCACCAAUGGAUGGAAGACCAUUGAUUCUCUAUAUAACUGUGCUGGAAGUAAAAGGUCAAGUCAUUGCAGAUCAUCUUGCAGAAAAUGCAGUUGAAGAUUAUCAACCAGUUGAUUGGGAGUUUCUUGAUGAGGAUAUCAUGGCAAUUGAAGAAAGCAAUUAUGAAACUUCUAAUUGGAAGAUGUAUUUUGAUGGAGCUGCUAAUCAAAACGGAAAUGCCUUAGCAACUUUGGCUUCCAUGGUGCAAAUAUCAAAUGAAGAUCAAAUUCAACCACUUAUGAUUGAUGUGCAUAAGAACUUUGCUUAUUGCAUGGAGAUUGAGCAAGAAAUAGAUGGCCAGCCUUGGUACUAUGACAUCAAACAAUAUAUCUUACAUAAUCAAUAUCCAAUUCAUGCAACUAAUAUUGAUAAAAAGACAAUUCGAAGAAUGGCCAAGUCUUACUUCUUGAAUGGGGACACCUUAUACAAGCGCUCUGCAGAUAUGACAUUGUUAAGGUGUGUUGAUGCUAUUGAGGCAAAAAGAAUCAUGGUGGAAGUUCAUGAAGGAAUAUGUGGAACUCAUGCUAAUGGGCAUAUGCUACCUAGAAAGAUACUCAGAGCAGGAUAUUUCUGGUUGAAGAUAGAGACAGAUUGUAUUGACUAUGUGAGGAAAUGUCACAAAUGUCAAAUCUAUGCAGAUCGGAUUAAAGGUCCUCCAUUUCCAUUGCAUAAUAUGGUAGCUCCUUGGCCAUUUUCUAUGUGGGGAAUUGAUGUUAUUGGACCCAUUAAUCCAAAAGCUUCAAAUGGUCAUCAGUUUAUUCUGGUUGCAAUUGAUUAUUUUUCCAAAUGGGUAGAGGUUGCUGCAUAUACAAAUGUGAAGAAUAAAGUGGUGGCACGAUUUAUUCAAAGGGAGAUCAUUUGCAGAUAUGGUCAACUAGAAACAAUCAUCACUGAUAAUGCAAAGAAUCUUAAUAAUUCUUUGAUGGCAUCAAUUUGUAAGCAGCACAAGAUUCAACAUUUAAAUUCUACACCUUAUCGGCCUAAGAUGAAUGAAGCUGUGGAAGCUGCAAACAAAAAUAUCAAGAAGAUCCUUGCAAAGAUGACAGUAACUUACAAGGAUUGGCAUUAAAUGCUACCUUUUGCUCUCCAUGCUUAUAGAACAUCUGUUCAAACUUCCACUAGAGCAACACCUUAUUCUUUGGUUUAUGGUAUGGAGGCAAUUUUACCAGUUGAAGUUGAGAUACCAUCUUUGAGGGUUCUAGUUGAAGCAGAAUUGGAAGAAUCAGAGUUGAUUCAGAAACGGUUAGAUUAUCUUAAUCUCCUUGAUGAGAAGAGACUAGUUGCACUUUGUCAUGGACAAUGUUAUCAGAAAAGAAUGGUAGCAGCAUAUAAUAAGAAGGUCAGGCCUCG